GGGACUGACAGAACAGUAACGUUUUAUAUUAAAUAAUCUACAGGUUGAAUGUGUUACGCUGUUACGAGGGAGUAAAGUCGACCAUUUAAAGUUACUUGCGUCGGGCCGAGAGAGUUCAUUCUACGAGCAUACGAAGACAAUGUACAGCUGCAACUAAGACGUAUACGUCACAUCAGCAUUGGUGCUUGGUUAGAAAGUAAAGAGUGUGGAUUCAAAAUCAGAAACCAUUAACAAUGACAAUAGUUGUUAGUGCAAUAAUAUUCUUGUCAGCGUUUGAAGUUGUUCGCAGUGGGGGCGAAACUUGUGGUGAAGUCCGACGAACCUUUAGAACUCGUGCGUUAGGACCUGCAGAUAUGGUACCUAUUAUGCCGGCAGAAGUUACCGGGCUCAGCGUGUGUCAAAGCGUCGGACCGACUUGUUGUACGCCAUCAAUGGAAGAAAAGUACAUGGAGGCAUCAGUGCGCGAACUCAGGGAACUCGUGAAACGUAAAACGACUCCGUUAGAGAAGCAUUUUCGGGCCAUUGCCAAAAAAUUCAGAGGUUACUGGAACCAAAUGGUGAAACGAGCUCGCAGCCAAGGGAUUAACGAAGGAACCAACACUUCACAUUUAGAAAGGUUUUACGACGGUUUACUAAUUCCAUCGAAGGCUCGACUGUCUUCUUUUAAUGCCACCAAAAAUCUUAACGGAAUAUUAUCGUCGUUAUUCAUUUUAUCAUUGGAGGAUGAAAUCGGAUUAAAGAUACCGAAAGAGAAGAUAGAAUGUGCUUUAACGAAAGCGACUAGCUACCUGACUCCGUACGCCGUAUUAAAAUCCAAAUUCGAAAACUUAUUAAAUCCGGUCGGAGUAUUUUUAAAGGCGCUAACGGUUGGCCUCAGGGCAGCGGAGGUGAGUCGGCGAAUCGCAACGGGUGGUCCAUGUAUCGAUGCUAUCACAAAGAUGCGGUAUUGCUCCCACUGCUAUGGAUAUACUCUUAUAAAGACCUGUCCGGGCCUUUGUCAUAACGUAGUGAGAGGAUGUCUGGUCGGCAUGGCGGAAUUGGAUAUGUUUUGGAAAUAUUAUAUUGUUUCCAUUAAUAACAUGGCAAACAAAUUGGUCAACACUGAAGGAGGAUUCGACGUUUACUUUCCACAAAUUUUACGAAACAUUUCACUGAUCGUUCAAAGUGUUACUUACAACCAAGAAUCUGUUACUUUGAUUCUACAGCAAUGCAAGAUUCACCCUGAAAGAGUCGCCCGCUCACUCGAUCGCUUGCCGAUAGCCGACGCAGAUGAGUUAAACGAGUUGAGAACUGCACUGGCAUCUCGAAAGCGAAGACGAAGGCAUCGCAACCGACCCGAUCGUAAACCACGGGCCGAACCCCGACGUGGGCGACAAUCUAGAGAUAGGAAGAACCGCAACAUUGAUCUUCAUCUAAAAUCAAGGUCCUUGUUGGAGUUAUCGAGAGAUCGAGUUCGUCCUCCUUUCGAAAUGUUGUUGGAGGAUUCUUCCCUCCCUAACAUUCCUUUGCCAACGAGAGAAAAGAUGGUGCGGAAGAAGAAAAAUCCCAUGGUGGAUGAAAUGAAGAUACCAACCAGUCUAAAGUUUGGUUUAUCAAAUCAUAUUACAAGAUUUGCAGACGAGUUAAACACAACUCGAGACUUUUUCGCUUCCUUUUCCGACGACCUCUGCAGCUCAAGUGAUCCCGUUUCGUUUCAAGUUUCAAACUACGGACAUUGCUGGGACGGGGUGAAAAUGGCGAACAGUUACAAAAAACCAACACCGGAUAAAGGCAUCGAGGGCCAAUUGCAAAACCCAGAGGUUAAGGUUGUUACGUUGAAACGAGAUGUACAAACGAUCAUUGAAGAUGUGCGAACAAUUACUAAGGAGCUGAUGAAAUCUAGCGGAUCGGAGCAAAUUCCAUCAGAUUUGCUUCAACGUCCGUCUUAUAUCACUUCCCAUCUUCAAACAGACGAGAUUCCAUGCGAUGACGAGGAUGAAUGUUUUGAUAAUGGAUCUGGAGAACAAAGUGGAGAGGACCCCGAUGUUAUUCGUCCAGAUAAACCUUCACUGAGUCUUGAAAAAAUCCCGUUUCCCAUCGCAAAAACAAACACGUCCAUAAAAAGAGCUGACCAAGUAACCUCAACUACAUCAUUUACACUUGUAUUUAACAACGAAGCUACUAUGCCAGCGAUCGUUGUUGGGAUUGCCAAAGAACAAAAUAAAAGCAACAUAUCCCUUUCAACCUCAAGACAAUCCGGUGGCGGGCACGGCUACGCGUCGCAACUAAAGAGCAGAAAACUUUACGAUAUCUUAUUGUGUGUGGUUUUCUCGAUCCUCAUAGCACAAGGAGCAUGAUAGUUUAACUUCCUCUGAAUGCUUUUAAAGUUCUAUUCCACGCAAUAAACGUACAAAUAGAUCUACAGCGCGGAAGAGAAUUGUCUUCAAUUUGUAAAUGUUCUUUUUCUCUUUUUGUUUCUCAAUUUCUGUGAAAUGUUCAUAUUAAAUGUCAGACACGCGAAA